AUGUGCGCCGCCGGAGAGCUGUAUCUCCCUCCCGGGACAGUGUUUACAUCCCCGGGGAGCGGCAUCUGCCCCCGGAACAGUAUGUGCGCCGCCGGAGAGCUGUAUCUCCCUCCCGGGACAGUGUUUACAUCCCCGGGGAGCGGCAUCUCCCCCUGGGACGGUGUUUGCAUCCCCGGGGAGCGGCAUCUGCCCCCGGAAGAGUAUGUGCACCGCCGGGGAGCUGUACCUCCCCCCCGGGAACAGUGUUUGCAUCCCCAGGGAGCUGUAUCUGCCCCUGUAACAGUAUAUGCAUCCCCGGGGAGCUGUAUCUCCCACGUGGACAGCGUGUGCACCCCCAUCCCCCCCCCCGGACUGUGUACUGUGUGCACCUCCCCGGGGCUGUCGGGGCAGAUUGCAGCGCGCCCUCUGUGCACCCCGAAAAGCUCAACUCCGGGAUUCCUGCCGCUCCUGCUAUUAAAACGCUUUGAGACGACAUGGCAUAUUCUGCAAGGGCGUUGUGAAGUCACCAUUGCCAUUGUUCCCGAUGGUGACCGUGGCUGCACAGAACACGAAUUCACAGAAUCAUACAGUAGUUACACAUGGAAUGAGACUAUUCAGCCUAUUGGGCCCCUAGCAGGUCCAUACUACACCAAUACUGUACCCCAGUGUUAUACAGUGACAGACCAGUCCCCACUGAUACUCUCCCUGGAAACAGUCAACAAACGGCGCCGGGCGGCCCGGGAGCGGCGGCCGGAGAGCGAUAACAAGAUGGCCGAUUGUGGAUCAAAUAACCGAUUUUCUGAGAGAGCCCAGAUGCAGGAGCUAAACGAGCGAUUCUGUCAUUAUGUACAAAAUAUGAAAUCCCUGACAGAUCGGCUUGAAAUGAAUGAUAGUUCAAAUGAUCUGAAACGGAUUCAAGAACUGGAGGAAGAAAUUGUAGCUGCUCGCAAUAUGUACAACAAAGAAAUCCAAGGUCUGCAGGAUCAGCUGGACCAGAACUGCAAGGAAAGAAUGCAGAUUGAAAUCAACAACCUCAAAAAUUCACAACUGAUAGCUGAUUUCAGGGAAAGCAUACUGGCCCUCAACACAGCCAUACUGCAAAAGGAGAAAGAGAAGAAAAACCUGGAGUUGAUGCUGUGCCAGAAGGAAGCUGAGCUCAGGGAGCUGCAGAUGAGUGCCGGCAAACCCGCCACAGAAUUGGAGGAACUCCGCCGGGAGCUUCAGAAUCUGCACUCUUGCCUCGAAGAAGUCCAGAAGAAGUACGAGAAGGAACACAAGCAGAACCUGGAACUUCAGGCUUCAGUUCAGCAGUUGAGGUGUAAACUGGACUUGCAACAAGAAAAUCAUUGCCAGGACAUGGUGUGCAUGAGGGAGAAGGCUGCCGAGGCAGAGAGUUUGAUUCAGGAGCUGGAAGAAAAGUUGAGAAGGGCCAGCAUGGAUGACGGCGGCGCCAUGGAAAUGCUGAGGAAGAUCCGCGAAGCCAACAACGCUGAGAUGCAACGGUACCGGCAGGAAACGGAGCAGAACUACAAUCAGAGUGUGAUGGACCUGACCAUGUGCCUGAACAAGGAACGGAUCCAGCUGGAGCAAAUUCAGGAGGAAAACCAGUGCCUUCGCCAGCAUAUCAACAACCUGACCACUGAGAUUAAAAUGCUGCAAGACAAGCUGCUAUCCGAGGAGGAAAACAAAGUUGCUGUUGUUAACAAAUUGAACUGUGAACAGCAAAAGAAUCAGCAACACAUAAGUGAGCUGAAAACCAGGUUAGAGGAAGUGGAAGAUCUCCUCUUGGCCAAGAUGAAGGAACUACAUUCUAAAAGUGGGGCAGUUGUACCCUCCUUACAAGGGGACAUUGCAUCCUUUAAAUGCAUGCUUGAGGCAGAGGAGAGAAGGCUGAGGAACGCUUCAGUGCCUUGCUGCAAGAAGAGCUCUCCAUGCAAGUCCUACUUGCCUUGUCCUCGGACAUCAUGCACUCCUGCGAACCAGUCGUCAUGCCGACGGGCUUCUGCCCCAUCCUCGUGCCCUCCUGUGAACCUCCGGCCUUGCCCCCCACCUCUCAUUCCAAAUCCGUGCAAGCCUGCGCAGCGGUCGUGCGCACCGCCUUGUCCCGCCCCGGCCUCCUGGGCGCUUCCGACCCCACCGUGCUGCCCGCCGGCGUCGGGACUCAGCACCCGCCUCCCCGCUUGUCCGCCGACCUGCCCGCUCCCUCACUCCCUGACCUCGUGCCAGUCCGGGGUGCGGCCAAACUGCCCCUCGUCCGCCUGCCUCCCCCCGAGCCGCCUGAGCUGUCCGGCGACCCGCCCCGUGACACCCUCCUGCCUUCCCGUCACUCGGAUGAGCUGCCCCUCGCCUUCCCCUCUGUCCUUGUGCUCUGCCCUGAUCCAGUCCUGGUGCCCUUCGACCCCGCCCUUGACCUCAUGCCCCCCCGCCUGCCCGCCUGCCAACCCCCCGAGCAGUUCAGACAAACCUGGACAGUGUUGUUCCAUGAGCGCCUGUGGUCAGGCACUCAUUGGGCACAGCAAGCAUAAUAUUCCACUGGGACCCCUGCUCACAACAGAGUGUUGUAAUGGUGAGCCACAGAAGGGUUGUGCAAAGCCUCCAACCAGUUCUCUGAACAGCUGCAAAGCUGGCCAAGGCAGCGACUAUUUCAACAACAUGCUCAGGGAACUGAACAAGAACAGUGUAUGUGGCAUGUUACCUGUCUCCAAGCCACUCGUGACUGCCUUCAGCCUCAACACGCCUACCGCCAGCACCAUUGGGAAUAUAAAAAUUGUGGAAGUUGCUGCCAACGGAUACUUUGUUCGACUUCUAAACAUCUCCCACGACAUAGAGGAGGACAUUGGAAACUAUGUUCUGCAGCAGAAUAUGGGCGGGCACCCCGUAACAAUGUAUAGGUUCCCUCCCAGGACCCGAGUGAGUGCUGGGUCUUGUGUAACGGUUUGGGCAGCAAAUGCAAGGGUACCUCAUAAUCCUCCAAAAGACUUCUUAUGGAAGGAAUGUAACAAAUUGGCAACUGGCCCUGAAUAUACAACCAUCCUCUGCAAACCCAAUGGACAGGCUGUUACUUGGUUCACGCCCGCUCCUGGGAACUCAAAGCUGAAGAACAGUUGCAAUGGUGCAGAAACACUCAGAGACUGCAAUCAUCAUACCUCCACCAACGAUUGCCAAGUUCACUGUCACCUGGGCCAGGAAUGGGAAGAGACGACUUCAGACCCUUGUCAUGUUCCGUCAACAGCUUUAUCUAUAAAGGAGAAGCCUACCUCCUCGCAUCUGCCAACACGAUGCCCUUGGACACAGAGUACAGCUUCUAUUAUACACCCAGAUUUCAACAUACCCAGGACCCAGUCCAUGGGAAAUGAAGGAAACAGUCAGUGCCGGGACUCUCGCUCGCAAUCCAGUCAACCUGGUCCUCCCCCAGGCAACUCCCUCGCAGGAUCUGUUGCUUCAACCCAGUGCAGGAAGUACUCCUUCCACAGAAGCAACAGGCGGUUGUUGACCUGCUCCGCAGCAAGUAGUUCAGGGCAACAGAAAGCCACUUUUCAACCAAACUGCACACCACUGCAGCACUUGCAAUCCAGGCAGAACUUGGCAUUCCAGCCCCCAAUGCCACAUCCGCCCCCGAUUGCAUCUUGGUGA